AGGUCCUGCAUGGCCUUUGCAAAGAGCUGUCCCAUCUCCCCAGCAGUAGUCAGUGACAGCACGUCUGGGUUUCAUCAGCUCACUGGGCUGUGUUUCACCAGGUCUCUUUGCCAGGGCCUCCUUGGCGGCGUAUCGCACCUACUGCAGAAACGGCCCUCACAGUGAUGCUAAGAAAUGUUCCCUAGCUUCAGCAAUGACCUAGUUCACUCAAGGGCAGGGAAAAAUGCUCUUCUUCCAGAACUUGCCUGGGCAUGGACUUUUUCCUCUUCAGAAGACAUGAAAUUUUCUGAAAACAAACCCAUGUGUGCUUUGACCUGUUUGUGGAAAAGACCCUGUGUUUGAGUCCCUGUCCUGGGGGCAGGGACUCCCACUCAGUGCCUCACACAGAGCCUGGGGAGCCCAGCAUUGAGCCAGCCCUCCAAUAACAUCUCUUGGACAAACAGUAUUGAAAAAUCACAAGGCAUGAAAGGAUGACAGACUCAGGCAGGCCCCAGAAGCCCAAGCUGUGUUUUUUAUCCACGUUGCUCUCCCAGAAGGUUCCAGAGAAGUCCAACGCCGUGCUUCGCUGCAUGAUAGCUGGCCAGCCCAAGCCAGAGGUAACUUGGUACAAGAAUGGUCAAGCCAUAGAUGAGUGUGGCAUUGUUUCCAGUUAUGAGUUCCUUGAGAACCAGUAUAUUCACUUGUUGCAUCUGUCUUGCUGCACCCGAAGUGAUGCUGCUGUUUAUCAAGUCUCUGCUAAAAGCUGUCUGGGGAUGAUCUGCUGCUCUGCUUCCCUGGAGGUCAAGUCUUCAUCAGAGAACCCACAAUGCUCUCCUGACCUGAGACAUGGCACGGUCAUGGGGUGGAAAUGUGAAACAGAGACGUAUGAAGAAGAGCAUCCUUGUAAGGAAGAAGAAGAACAUGCCUCCUGGGGGGAUCCCCCACCACCUGAUUCCUCCCCCCGCAAAUUCAGCCCCAUAUGUUCACCCCAGGUAUUGGCCAAUCAUGACAUUAUUGCUCCCAGUUCUGAAAAUCCCCUGGAUGUUAAAGGAACAAUACCAAAGGCAGAAGCUUAUGAUCCAAAUAACACAGAAGAAAGUUUCCUUAAUUCAAAUAAUAUUCCGGACAAACACAAUGUAUGUUGCUACAGGACAGUGUGUCCCACAGCCUCACCGUUAGUGGAUGGUGGUCUAAGUGAUGAUGGCCCUCGUGAGGAAGCCAUCACCUCUAGUCAUGAAAACCCCAAAGCACAGAAAUACAUUAGCUUCAGCGUACCGCUGUCUGAGGCAAUCGCAUGCAUUUAUCCAGGUGACAGCGCCUCAGUCAACAAGCACCAGGUUUCCAGUGAAGACUCUGACAGCGACUAUGAACUUUGCCCAGAGAUAACCCUAACCUACAUGGAGGAGUUUUCAGAUGAUGACCUGGAGUAUCUGGAAUGUUCCGAUGUUAUGACAGAUUACUCUAAUGCAAUUUGGCAACAGAGCCUGCAGGGGACUGAGCAUGUUUUUUUAUUAGAAAGCCAUGACGAAGAAAUGGAAUUCAGUGAGUGUGACUUGGGUGGGUGUGAGCAUUUCCUCCGUGAAAUGGGUUGUGGGCCUCAGGUGUCAGGUGACAUGAGGCCCAUGGCUGCCAUCACUGCCGUCUGUGGUUAUCACUCACAACCCCAAGAAGUAGGGGUCAGAGAUAGAGUCUCUAGGCACAGUCCCUCAUCCCUGCAAACAGGGAUGACUCUUACUCUGGGACCUCACCAGGAUGGAAUGGGUACGGUGACCGGCCAGGGGAGUUGUCCACUCCCCACUGCUUCUGAGGCUGCUGAAGAUGAUUGUCCAGGAAUUCCAGGAGAAACCAGAGACAGACACCAAGCAGGAGAGGAAUUUCCCAGUGACAAUCUGCUAACCAUGGAUAAGGCAGCGACAGAGGCAGAGGUGAAGCCCUUGUCUGGGGGAUCAGAUAAGUCGGAGAGGCAGGGUUCAGAGAGCCUGGCUGAGAAAAGACCAGAGGAAAAGCAUGCAGUCCUCAGGAGGGGCCCCCAGAGACCCACCAGAGUGUGGUGGUCGGCAAUGAAGGGAAACACUAAGAAGCUGACCCACAAAGAGAGCGCCCCAGAUGGCAUCUUUAAUCCCCUCCUCAAGGAACCCAAGCAGCACCCCCUAAACCGGAGCCAUCAAAGAGAGACUCUACCCACCAAAGCUGGAGCUCCUUGCCGGAAUUCCCACUCCCAUGCACAGCCAUGUGCAAUUUCAUCCUCCGCAGAGCGAGACAUGGAAACAGUUCCACUCCCUGCAGACUCACUUUCCAAGGAAAGGGACACAAGCUUCGAGGGAGAAGUGAUGCAGGUUAAUGGCUUAUUUGAUACACACCAGAUUCCAGACCAGAGUGCUCAUCUUCAGGUGCAAAUUCAGGAUAGCAGCUCUUCCAGCCAGAUGCCAGCUUUCUCAGAGUCUGCUGGCAAGGAGUCUCCAUUCACUGGGACCACAAGGGAGUCCUUCUCCAACUCAGGAGGGAUUCAUGAGGAAAACACAUCAUUGACUCAACACCUAGAGUUGGAAAACUAUACUCAAGACCCACAGCAGGCAGAAAAACAAGACAGAGAAGGCAACACACCUGCCAGGUCCUGGGCAGACCUAGAACAUGAGCUGAGCACUCCAGAAGCUGCCGAUGAAAGCAUGUCCCUGGCUGUACCCUCAGUGCAUCUCCCCCAGGAUGCCAGCACUGACUGCAGGGAGCCCAAGGAUCUCUUUGUUACCUCCCCUGAGCCCACAGACACUGCUUUCACCCUGGAAAAUGUAUUCAGUGGGCCAAGGGGCAGAGAAGAAGCGUGCAUGAUGGAGUGUUUUGAAACCGCUGACCAAGGAACAUGUUAUGAUACCAUGGAUUCUUCUGUUGGAGCAUCACUUGAUAAAUAUUUGCCUGAAGAAAUUUGCUUCACGGACUUUGAGCGGACAGAAGGUCAAAGCAAAGUAUGUGAUUUAUGUUCUCCUGAUGACAAGACACUGGCAGCUCUUCCUCAGACACAAGGUUCUGAGCCUGCACAAGCCACAUGCAAACACAACAAGGAUAGAAACUUGGCCAUGUUUCCACUUUUUCUCAGUGCUUUCACCUGGAACGUGUCGCAGGAGGACAGUGAAGGUACCACAGGGGAACAUCUAACUGAGGUAGAGAACGCUCCAUCUGUCUUGUCCCCCACAGCCCUGGCUGGCCAGAAGAGGCUGAGCCUCCUCGAUUCAGGAGAACCUGGGGGGACACAGCCCCAUUCUUCUAAUAACUCUUUUGUGCACCUUAAUGGAGGCAUCGACAAGAGCCCCCAAAUCAGUGCCUCAGUUGCCACAGACACACCAGCCAGCCAUAGUUCAGUCAUGAAGUUCCCACAGGACAAGUCAACGGCAUUAACUGCUAAUGUUAAGUGUCUUCAGGUGACGGGGGCUAGUGAGGCUCUAUCAAUCAUUGCUGUUGCCACCAAGGCCCACCUAGCCAAAUACCACACUGUUUCAGUUUCUGAAAACAACCAUGCAGAUGACACUGAGGAAAACCCAUCCGAGGCACCAAAUGAAAAUCUCUUCCAAUUUCCCUCCAAUGUGCAGUCAGGUCAUAAGUUAAAUGGCUCUGCUCUGGAGUCCGUAGAAGAGCUGCUUUGCUCAAGCCCCAAUGUUCUAGGAAUUCCUGGCCAUGGUCACUCGCUCCCAGAGGGAGAGGGUUUCUGUAGCAAUUGUCCUCUUCACACUGAAGGCCAGUCUACAGAUGAGAGCCAGACCAGGGACAGAGCAGACAAUGGGAGCCCUGAAGAGGAUUUCCAAGAAAAAGGAAGUGAAACAAAGCAGAGAAUCCAGUCAGAGAUCCCGCACUACCACGGUUCUUUUUCUGCACAUGAUUUCCAAGAAAGUUUGUCCCCCUCAUCUCCUGCAAAAGAGGAAGCCAACCUGGGACUCUCCGAGCCCUCCCCAGGAAGUUCUAGGGAAGAGAGAGGGCACAGCUCAGGCCUGGAGGCCAGUGUCUCCAUGGUGGCACAGGCAACUGUGGAAGAAGACAGCCAGGCCAGCAACGUUCCGUCUCUCUCUGAAAUGCUCCUGGGAGAGUCUGACGACACAGUACUAGGUAACAAGGUGAAGGCUAUCACUCUAGAGGAUUCUGCUUCUGAAAUCUUGCCACCAAGGCAAGUGACAGAUCUUGAGUACAAGGAGGCAGCUGGUCCCGUAGUCUCUGAUAGGGCCUGGGCUCUCUCUGAUACUCUGAAGUCAGAUGCUGCCGUGCCUGACCUGGAACCGUCAGGGACAGCAUCAUGGGCUCACAGUCCCCAGGCUGAGAUGGCCUCCGCCCUCGAUAAUGACAGGGACAUUGGUAAAGGAGACACAGCAGCCAGCAAUGCACAUUGGAAUAGUCCUUGGUCCCAGGGUUUGAGUCAAUACAGAUUCCCGGAGUCAUCUGUGGACCCUGUCGAGGAAAAGGAAUUAUAUGUCACAGAUUCCCUAUCAGAAGCUUCCAAAAUUGGAGGGAAGGAAAAAGUUAAAGAUCUGAGUCAAGACCAGGAGGGAAAUCAGCUCAAAGUGGGUCACCCUGCCUUCCUUAACCAGCUUCUGACUUUCUCUAAUAUCCUAGAGUCCUCCGUAGACCCCAUUGAUGAGCCAGGCAAGAUGGAGCCUCCGCAGGCUGAGAACACUGGGCCUGCUGACCCCACAUCGGGGGCCAUCAGAAAGCAGAACAAAUCCACUGAUGGAAACUUGGGCCAGAGAGUGGAAGUCCAACCUGCCAUUCUGCAAAUUUCAAGUCCCUAUAACAGAGGGGAAACCAUUCCCAACAAAGACAGAAUCAACCAAGACCAAGCAGACAGUGAAAGAGAAGAGGCCAAACAAAGACAACCCAAAAAAGCAAAAGUGGAAAUACAGCCUGUCAUUUGGCAAGUCUCAGGUCCUAAUGAAGUUAAGCAAAGAAUUCCAAGGGCAUGCAGCACAGGCCAAGUUCAAGAUGGCAGUGACAAAAGCUUGGGGGAGGCUGAGCAAAGUAAAAAGGACAGAGCUGAAUUUAUUUCCCCCACUUCACCUCUUUCUAGUUGUCCUGCAAUAAUGACUCAUACUCCUGUUGAGAUUGAUACUCACUGCUUGGUAGGCCAAAUUCACAGUGGAUCUGUGAAUGACUUCAUUGAGCACAAAACCCAUCAGAAUAUAUCUUGCAACUCAGAGGAAAGGGGAACUAUUGAGAGCGAGUGUGGGAAACAUGUGUCCUCGCUCAGCGUUCUUAUGCAGUUGCCUUCUACCCCAUCACCCAAAGGAAAUGUCACACACUUUUCAAUAAGCCAUAGCACUGAGGAACUAAAAGUGAAGGAGCCUCAAAUUGGGGAAACCAAACUCCCAAGCCCAUCUACCUCCCCAGGAAUGACUUUGGCUUUCAUUUCAAGAGAGUAUGAGUCAGAGAAAGCCCCUGAGUUACUACAGGACCCAGAUCAAAAGGGCUCCACCCUGGGCAGUGGAAAAAAGUCCAGGGAGAAGGCCAGCCAUGUGGCCAACCAGACUGGCAAAUUACCAGGUGCCCGGUCAGCAUGGGCUGGGUCAGAAGAGGUCAAGAAGAAGCAAGAACUCUCAGGAAGUGGACAUUUAGCUGAGGGAGUCAAGAAGAAAAUUCUGUCCAGGGUGGCCGCCCUGAGACUGAGAUUAGAAGAGAAGGAAAAUGCCAGAAAGAACUUGAGUCUUAAAAAAAUUCCUAAGCUCGAAAAAUCAUUAUCAUGUACCAAUGAGAAAAAAGACCCCAAAAAGGCACCUUGCAAAAGAGAAGGAAAAGCUCCAAUAUUACUCAAAAAGAUCCGAGCCGAGAGAUUCCCUGACCACUCUGGAAAUGUAAAGUUGAGCUGCCAGUUUGCAGAAAUUCAUGAAGAUUCUACUAUCUGGUGGACAAAAGAUUCAAAGUCAAUAGCCCAAUUUCAGAGAAGUGCGGGGGACAACUCCAGUGUUUCCUUGGCUAUUGUUCAAGCUGGGCAGAAGGACCAGGGCCUCUAUUACUGCUGCAUCAAGAACAGCUAUGGAAAAGUCACUGCUGAGUUCAACCUCACAGCUCAAGUUCUCAAACAGCUUGCAGGCCACCCAGAUAGCAAAGGAUGUGAAGAGAUUGAAUUCAGUCAGCUCAUCUUCAGAGAGGACUUCCUCAAUGACAGCUAUUUUGGGGACCGCCUGCAUGGCCAGAUCGCCACAGAAGAGCUGCACUUUGGGGAGGGGGUGCACCGCAAAGCCUUCCGUAGCACUGUGAUGCAAGGCCUCAUGCCCGUCUUCCAGCCAGGCCAUGCCUGCGUGCUCAAGGUGCACAAUGCUGUCGCCCAUGGGACCAAAAACAAUGACGAGCUUGUGCAGAGGAACUACAAACUCGCUGCCCAGGAAUGCUAUGUUCAAAAUAUAGCCAGACACUAUGCCAAGAUCUAUGCUGCUGAAGCACAGCCUUUGGAAGGCUUCGGAGAAGUGCCAGAGAUCAUUCCUAUUUUUCUUAUCCAUCGGCCUGAGAACAACAUCCCUUAUGCAACAGUGGAAGAGGAGCUGAUUGGAGAAUUUGUGAAGUAUUCCAUAAGAGAUGGGAAGGAAAUCAACUUCUUGAGAAGAGAAUCAGAGGCUGGUCAGAAAUGCUGUACCUUCCAGCACUGGGUAUAUCAGAAAACCAGCGGCUGCCUCUUGGUCACAGACAUGCAGGGUGUAGGAAUGAAGUUAACUGACGUUGGCAUAGCAACACUGGCCAAAGGGUACAAAGGAUUUAAGGGCAACUGUUCCAUAAGCUUCAUUGAUCAGUUUAAAGCACUACACCAGUGUAACAAGUAUUGUAAGAUGCUGGGGCUGAAAUCCCUUCAAAACAACAGCCAGCAAGCAAAGAAGCCAAUUGGGAAAAGUAGAGUUCAGACAAACUCCGCAAUGGCCAAGAAGUCGGAACCUGGGACCCCAGCAGAAAAGAAAGCCUAGGGCCCUCAUCGCUUCAUAACCAGCAGCCACCAGCUAGCAGGGGACAAUAACAUGGAGUCUACAGAGAGCUUGUGACAACAUUUCCUCACAGCCAACUGUGCCCCAGAGGCUUCCACGCCUGUCACCUGCCAUCUACUGAAAUGACUUUGGAAUAAGACUUGUGAGAGAGACUCCCACAAGAGUCAGUCUCAAAAACAGUCCACUCGUGUACACAGCUAGCGUUUCUACCAACUUCAUGUUAUGUGUCAUUUGUAUAUUUGCACGUGGUUUGUUGUCCAGGACUUGGUGCUGCACAGGGUCUGUUCACAGCCGAAAUCCUCCUCACCUCAGGGUUUCUAGACAUAUCCAGCCAAGGUGUGAACAGAAAUCAUGAAUGUCAAGUUGUUGCACAAGUGUCAAGUAUGCUACUGUUGCUGGAAGUGGCUUCUGAACCAUCAGGCCAUUUCCCAUUAUUAUUCACACAGUCAGAUACAAAUGUUCUGUUCAUUAAAUUCAUAUUUAACAACAAGUGUAAGAUGCACAUAGAUACUUGCUCUUUGGAAUUUGUGUCAUAUUUCACAUUCCCCCAGGAUGUAGUAAUUUACAAAUUUCCUAAUAGAUUUAAUGGAGCACAAAAUAUUUGCAUCUGUGUUUUGCCCCGUUCUUACAUUAGAGCUGAGGUUC